AUGACAGAUGAUUGGUGGAUUACAUAUGGAGGAAUCGAUACCCCAAACCUACAAAAAUUUGCAAUAAGGGUAUUGAGUCUUACUUGUUCUGCUUCCCCGUGUGAGCGAAACUGGAGCACAUUUCAGAAUUUGCAUUCAAAGAAGCGAAAUCGCAUAAAGCAACAAAAAUUGAAUGAUAGCGUCUUUAUUCAAUACAACAAGAAAUUGGAACGUCGAUACAAAGAAAUCAGUCAAUAUAAUGAUGAUCCGAAAGCUCAUGAUCCCAUUUUUCUGGAUGAGCGUGAUGACAAUGAUGAAUGGUUGGCUUUAGAGAAUUUGGAUGACUUGGUUGUACAAGGAGAUAAUGUUAUUUUGGAUGAUUUGCAAGAUAUUGUUGGUGAAAAAGGUAUGCCAGUUGUUGGUAAAAGUGCUUGUAUCUCCCGACGCAAAUCUACUUAUCCAACUGACUCUGAAUAUAGUGGAUAUGAUACUGAUGACUUGAUGUUGGACUCUAAUUAUGGACUACUUGGUGGAGAUGAUGGAGCUACGGAAGAUUAUGAUAUCUAUGAUGAAUCGAAUGAUUUUGAUUAAAAUUGUAAUGUCCAUGUUUAAUUAUGUUUCCAGAUUGUGAACUUUAAAGUUGUGAAUUCUCCCAUUUUUCCAAUUUGAACUUCAUACGACGACUCUUAUGUUUUGAAUGAACUUGUUUGUUUUUCUAAAA